AUGUCAGCAAGGAGAGAAUAGUAAUUUCAAAUCAGCGAUUAUCUUUUCAAAUUAGUCAUUAUCGGCGAUUCUGGGGUUGGGAAAUCAUGUCUAUUAAUUCGCUUUGCAGAUGAUUCAUUUACAGAGAGCUAUAUCACAACUAUUGGCGUUGAUUUCAGAUUCAGAACCCUCGCAUUAGAAGAAAAUUCUGUGAAGCUACAAAUUGUAAAUAUUACUUACUUAUUUUUAUUGAGAAUAUAAUAUUUAUUUUUAAAAUCUGAGAGAAUAUAUUAAUAAGCAAAUUAAUUUAAUAUAGUUUUCAAUACUUUUCAUAUUUUUAUUAGACUUUACUUAAUAAAUCUAACUUUUAAUUUUUUUAAAUUUAGGAUCAAUAUUAAGAAAAUAAUUAUAAAAUUUCUUUAACAGCUAUAAUUAGCGAAAAAUGCAUUUAUUAUGUAUGGGAAGGCUAGUGGGAUACCGCUGGUCAAGAAAGGUUCCGUACAAUUACAACAGCCUACUAUAGAGGAGCAGACGGAGUUAUGAUCGUUUUUGAUAAAACUAAGCGUGAAUCCUUUGAGCAUAUUGACGAGUGAAUGGAAGAAGUGAACCGCCAUGCAAAUGAAAAUGCAAUUAAAAUGCUUGUCGGCAACAAAUCAGACAUGGAAGCUGCAGUUAGCAGCCAAGAAGCUGAUGAUAAAGCCAAAAAAUUUGGGAUCCCAUAUAUUGAAACCAGCGCAAAAAAUGCAUAUCAAGUUGACUUAGCAUUUAUGACAAUGGCAAGAGAACUAAUGAAAGGAAGAAAGGAAGGUGGAGCUCCUGCUAUUUCUAGAUCUUCUGCUCCCAAACUGAAUUUGACAACAGAAAAGAAAAAUUCAAAAAUAAAUCAGAAUUGCUGCUAA